AUGGCACGCAGCCUUUCAUUGGCACAAAAAGCGCAUCUGCUUUUCACUUUCUGCUUUGUUGUACCUCCCAUAUCCAUCCACAACAUCAUCGGAGCAGUAAUUCGGGCAUGGCUUCAACGUCUUUCUAUAAGAGCGUCCAUCAGAAAUGCCUUUGCGCGGUCUCUCAUGACCCAUAUUAGACCACGUCAGCUGCAAGCUAUUCUGCCCCCAACAUUGGAGGCCUAUCGGUCUUGGCUUUCCUCAAAGGGCUCGCAGUUCGGGAUAACUCAUGAAGCGCAUAUGCUUGACGACAAACAUACACAUCUGCUAUGGCUCGGCGAAAGAUAUAGUCGCAAAGUUGUUCUGUUCUUCCAUGGAGGCGGCUAUGUGAUGCCGUUAUCGACAGGGCAUUUGGAAUGGAUGGCCUAUUUCAGAAAGAAAGCGAUCGAUUCCGGUGUGGAUCUCAGUAUAUGUCUUCUUGAAUAUUCUUUGGUUCCAGAUAGCCCAUACCCCCGACAACUGGCCCAAGCGACCAUGGCCUUGCAGCAUUUGCUGGAAAUCGGAUAUGAACCGGGCGAUAUAGUCAUUGCCGGGGACUCUGCAGGAGGUCAUCUAUGCCUGUCCCUUCUAUCUCAUUUACUCCACCCUCGCUCCGAUUCAUCCGGAGCAAGUUCUCAUAUUCAUCUCGAUGGUCGAUUGAGAGGAUGUGCUGUGAUAUCACCCCUACUCUCGCUUGACUUGACGACCCGUUCAUACCGUGAAAGAUGUAGCGCCGAUGUCCUGUCGCGCAAAACAGUUCGUGACUGGGGGCGACUUCUCACUGAUAAUUCACCCUGGAAAGAAGAGAUUCGACAGGGAAAAGGCUGGGGGAUGGCACUUGACGUGCCAGAUAAGUGGUGGAAUGGUAUCGAGAAUGUGGUUGACCAGAUUAUGGUAACUGGAGGACAGGAGGAGAUCUUUCGAGACCAUAUCCUUCAAUUUAUCGAUGUCAUGCAAAUGAAUGGUGUUGAGUUAUCGUCGUAUAUUGCUCCUGACGAAGCACAUGAUGGGCCGUUGAUGGACUUUUCUGCUGGACGACCACCCAGUAUGACAACACAGGCUAUUACUGACUGGCUGAUUUCGUCAUUUGUUGAUGAAGAAAUAGACAACAAGUUUCUUUAG